AUGUUUGGUGAGACAAAAUCCAAGGAGAAUCAAAAGAGAGUUUCUCUUGCUUCCCUCUCAGAAGUCCGUCUGAGUUACACGCUCUACAACAGCAGCAGCCUGUUUGUGGAGACUUCCCAGCGUAUCGCGCGACCUUCCCAGGGUUCCGUAGGAACCCGCAUCAUCGGCGGCAGAAUCGCAGGGAGGCAGGUCAAGAACCUGCCUGAACCGGUUAUCAUCACCUUUACACCCCUACAGAGUUUUCUUUCUGAAGACGUCAAGGGGGUCACAUGUGUGUUUUGGGACUUUGAGGCCGAGGCAGGACAGGGGGCCUGGUCAACGGAGGGGUGUGAGAACAUGCCGGGCGAGACAAAGGAACGGUACACGUGUGCCUGUAACCACCUUACCAACUUCGCCCUGCUAUUUUUUCAGGAUUUGUAUGGCGUGGGUUUUGGAGGCCACAGAAAGCCGCUAGAGGCAAUCACUAUUGUGGGCUGUGUCGUCUCCAUCGUUUGUCUGGUCCUCACUAUCACUAUACUCGCUUUCAUCGUCACUAGAGGAGACAAACGCCGUACCAGAACAGGCCAUGCUAAGAACCAGCUACUCGUCCUUAUCAACCUCUGCGUGGCUCUGCUGGCCACGCUCAUCAUCUUCCUCGCUGGCAUAAACCGGACGGCUUCUCCCAUUGGCUGUAUGGUUGUGGCAGCAUUGUUACACUACUUCCUAUUGGCUUCUUUGAUGUGGAUGGCAGUGGAAGCCGUGAACAUAUACCGAGCCGUUGUGCAUGUUUUUGACCAUGUUUCUGGGAACUUCAUCAUCAAGGCUGGGGCUGUAGCGUGGGGCUUUCCUCUUGUCGCUACGCUGUCAACUGCGGGACCCUCCAGUCUCUACCGAUAUAGGAUGGACAAGUCUUGCUGGUUGGCACGUGAACCUCUGAUCUAUGCCUUCUUGAUCCCAGCGGGUCUCAUCCUCCUGUUCAACCUGCUGGUCUUCAUCUUGGUCAUGCGCAAACUGGUCCGGGAAGAAAAGACACAGAAAGAGUUAAGAGGUGCUGAUGCUAUCGAGGUAGAUCGUCAGUGGAUAAUCCGCCAGAUUCGUCGAGCCUGCAGCAUCAUGGCUCUGUUUGGUCUCACAUGGGUCUUCGGCUUUUUCGUAAUCGAUGAAGAGCGCCAUGUUGUCUUCGCCUACCUGUUCUGCAUCUUCAACACCCUCCAGGGCCUCUUCAUCUUCAUCUUUCACUGUGUGAUGAGAGAAGACAUGAAGGAGUGGCGCAAGAAACUGACGUGCUGGAAGAAGAUCGUCUGCAUAGGAAAGAAGGAUGUGUAUCACGUCAAUAAAAGCAAGUCGCUUUCUUCGUCUGCCCAAAUGCCGUAACUCGUCGAGCUACGCCCUUUGUCACCUGGUAGCGAACCUAAUUCUGAUGUUGUGAUGUAGUAACAAUUAUGGUACUGGUCUUAUCGACCAGAAUAUCAUGGUUGAGAAGUCAUGCUCUUUUCAAUUGAAUCCAAU